AGUUGUUCAGCAGCGUCACGUCAACCAACCGACAAAGUCAAAUUGCGAACAGUCAAAACUCGAAAAGUCAAAACAUGUUUUGACUUUUGAUUCUUACGUUUGUUUCUUGUUCCCAUUGUAAUUUACAUACUUUCUCCACAAAGUUUUAUAUUGAAAGUUAAUAGAAACGUUUCUGAUAUUUAGUUAUCGUAUUAUACUUUGUACUUAUUGUUUGAAAUAAUAUGGAUGGUCCAGGAAUGAGUUUGUUUCAAGGCGCCGCUAGUAUACACAUAAACAAUAGCGUCCAAGACAGACUCGAAGAACAAGAAGAACUGGAAGAUCAAAAAAGACGAAAUGAAGAGCUAAAACACAAAUUAGCGAACGCAUUUGACGAUUUAUUAGACGACGACGAAGCUAGUUCAGUAAACAGCAGUGGAAACUUUACUUUGGAUCCUACUCAAAGUAAUUGUAUUCCACAAUCCCGCACUGGCUUGCCACCAACAUAUGUAGAGUCACUAACCCAUUUAAAAGAUACGCACCAUGGCUCAGAGUCACCCAAACAAUAUUCAGAAACACCCAAGAACCAUGUGUCUCAUAUUCGGCACCAAGAAGAAGCCUUGAAGAUGCAGUUCAGUCCAUAUGGAGCUGGUGAUGGACAGAAUAAUUAUUUUCAACAUGAUUAUAGAGUACAUAUGAAUGGUGUGCACAACUAUGACAAUAAACAAGAGUAUAUGAACAAUGAACAACUUAAAGUUAUGUAUGAGAUGAGGGUCAAAGAAUGUCAACAACUAGCUGAACAAAUGGAGAAGUUAGACACAGAGAUCGACAGUCUCCGUGCGAGAUUGGCAGCUGCUAUCAAUGACAGAGACAAGGCGGAGUUGUCCCUGCAGGAGGCCCAUCACUUGCUUGCAUCAAGUAAGCAUAAGUUGAUUGAGCUUGAGCAACAAGUAAAGAACUUGACAGACAAACUGAUUGAAAGUGAUCAAGACAAAGAGCAACUUAAGUUGGAGCUGCGGUCUGCUAACAUGAGUCUUCAGGAUGUGCAACAAAGACUGCACACACUUCAGGUAGCACACAGUCACGACACCGACGCUCUAUUUAGAGAACAACAAGAUCGACACAGGGAAGAAGUGGAUAGGUUACAAAACGACUUGGUUAAAGCUAAAAGCAGACUUGACGAGAAGGAAAAUGAAAUUAAAACACUGGAGAGACGUGGCAUGGAGCGCGACAGAGAGAAAGAACAAAUACUCGUGGAAAAGGGAGCGAUGAUUAACAGACUCGCGAAUGAGUUAGAGGCAGCUCAGAGCAGACUGGUGAGUGGCGAGACAGCGAGGCUCAAGGAGAGAGUGUCACAGUUGACAACAGAAAGGAAUGCUGCUAAGGAACAAGUCAAGGAGCUUGGAACGAAACUGGAAGUGACUGCGCACGAGCUUGUUCUGUGUCGGAAUAAACUAAGUGCCACACAGAAAGAAUACGAAAAUUGGCGCACGACUCUCCAUCAGAUAUUACUAGAAUCCAUGCCAGAAAACAGUUAUGGUGAUCCACCUUCACCGGGAAAAUUGGCAACACUAAAAGAGGUACUAAGUCGAUAUAAGUUGCAAAUGCAAAAAUUAAACGCACUUCAAGAAGAAAUUAACAAACGCGACAAGAAAAUUGAACAACAUCGUAAACAAGAAUCAGAGUUGCAUACAAAACUAGAGGAACAGAAAAACUUGGAGAUUCAAAUGAACUACCGUUUAACAAUACUUCAGAAGAAACUCGAAGUGUUAGACAGCAACAGUGACAGCGACCUGUUGGACAGCUACAAACAGCAGAAUGAACAGCUCCAACGCGACUUUGAGCAAGUCAGGGCUGAACUCAAAAAUUUGGACCUUAAAUAUACCGAGCUGGAAAUGGAACACGAUAAACUAAAGAUGGAGAAAGGAAGUCGCGCAUCGAUAGUCCAGGAGGCGAACGCGGAUCUAUUGCGAGAACUGGAGCGAUACAGCGGACAGUUGAAGGACACGCUGAAAGAGAAUGGGGAGCUUAAGACGCUGUACUUGCAGGCGUGUAGUACUCGAGACUCAGCAAAUAGAGAACUUAAAGACUUACAAACAAAGAUACAAAAAGACAAAGAUAUGUUUAGGAGUCAAGAAAGAGAUUUGAAAGAGAAUACUGAAAAGUAUAAGCAACAAGUUGAGAAAUUGACUUCAGACCUUAACAACGCUAAAGAAGAGUUAGAUAGAGCCAAUAGAAGAAUAUCGGAACUGCAAAACGACUUCACGAAUAAACAAAAGGAGUUUGCGGAGAAAUUGGAUAAGUACCUUGAAGAUGAAAAAUCCGCGAUGCGAAAAGAAAUGGAGCCGUGUUCGCAGUGCGAGAAACAUUUGAAACACAUUCGAGUUUUGGACGAUCAACUUAGUGAAUACACCAUCAAAUUGGCCGCUCAAGAGAGCAACGAAGCGCUCAUGAAGGAACUAAAAGGGAAAGCGGAGUUCUUCCAACAGUACAUAGUGGAGCGGUACAAGAAGCUGAGCGAACUACGAUCAGUCGCAACCAACACCGAGGAGAACGCAACAUCACCGCACGACUCCGUCAGCAUCGAAAACCUUGUUAGUGACUGCGACAACGGACUUGCUGCUAAGACUGCUCUAAUGUUGAAAGAGAAAGCCAUAAGAGAUCAAAUAGCAGAGAAAUUCACUUUAGAAAUGAAAACUGUCGAAAUGAAUUGUGCGAGACGAAUAAAAGAAAUAGAGAACGAACAAUUAGAAGUGAUAACGAAACUGAAAGAACUCGUAGAAAGGAAAGCGCAGGAAGUGGAAACUUUAAAGGAAUUCAUAAUAAACGAACGGACUAAAAUAUCUCAGAUAUUAGAAGCGAAAGAAGGGGAAAUAUCUGUUCUCAUUAAAGACCAUAACAUCAUGCAAGCGGAAUGUCAAAAGGCUAUAGACACGAUCGCUGAAUGGAAAAUGAAGGCUGAAAAAUAUAAGGAAAAGGCGUCACAUCUUGGCUCUCUAGAAAGUCUUUUAAGAAGUGAGAGGGAAGAUUGGAAGCAAAGAAGUAGCACAUGCGCCAAGGAAUGUCAAGCUAUGAAGGCAAAAGUGAAGGAGUUGCAAACUAAACUUGCCGAGUUUGAAGAGAGGUAUGAAAAAUUAAAAAGUGAGCACCAAAUCAUACAAGAUAAGUACAAGAAUGCCAAGAAGAUGAUUAUUUGUCAUAAGGAUUAUCAUGCUAAAAAAGAUGCUCACAUAAAUAAUGAAAUGAAUAGAAUACAAGAUGAAUACCGGCAGAUAUUCCUUAAAUUACAAAAACAACUGUGCCACCAUGUUAACUGCAGGGUGCAAGACGACCGAAGCAAGGGGAAGCAAACACAAGCUCGACAAUAUCAACCGCCAGAUUAUUCCAUCAUGAUAGACAAGAUAAAUCAAGACAUCACUAGAUUAGCUCAAUCGCAGUUCAAUUCUGAACCGGGUGUGGAUAGUAAUCAAUGACCCACGCAGCGCUCCGACCAGCUCGGACGUCCUACCACACCGCAUUUCGUGCUAGAACUACGUGUGGAUAAUAUAAAACUUGGUAUAAACGUGUCAUAGGUGCCUUGUACUUACAUAUACUUAAGGAGGUGAAAAGAAAAUUUGCUCACAAGUUUAAUGUUUAUUGAGGAAUAUAAAUUUCGUGAAUCAAAAGCGUACAAACUAACACUUAGGACAAUUUUAAGUGCACACAAUGUGAAUAGUUAUUCUGACCCCAUUUAAAAUAAUAUAAUCUGAAUAUUUUGGAGGUAAAAAAGCUAAAUAUUAUGCCUAAGCAUCAUUGCCUACAUAACAAUUUGUUUUAGAACAUGUUGUCAAAUAGUAUUUAAAAAUAAAAUCCUAAAUUGCCCCAAAAUUUGUCGCUUUUCCAUUCAUUGGUCAAGCUGUUUAGUUAUGUAAAUCCAUUCCAAUAUCGAAUUGUAUAAAUAUUCUGUGAUAGUUGAUCGUUAGUAUAAAUCGUGAUAAACAGUAUUAAUUGUAAUGAAAUGAAAAAGUGCACAUUCCGACUUGUCUUUUUUUGUAUAUAAAUAGGUAACACUUUGUAUGGAUUGACGAUAUGACGCAAGCGUCUUAGUUUUGUAAUAAAGUUGACUGUUGAGGCGUUACGUAAAUGAGAAUUUAAUAAUUAGGUUAGUCGUAUUUAGUGUUAUUGUUCUUAUGUUUUUAACCUUAAUUUUAUUGUUAGAGGUGCAAGCUUUUUGUUAUAUGAUAUAAAUAUUUUUCCAGUUACAUUCAAGAUUUUAUAAGUAAAACUACUAUUUUGGAA